GCUUAUAGAACAUAAGCCUUUAUAGCGACUUAAAAAGAUAGAGCCAAAAUUGGUAAAAUUUAAUCAGUUUAUUUUGUUGAAAUAAACGUCUUAAAUAAGGCAGUAUAUAAAUUGAAAUUUCUAGUAGAGGUAUCUCAUUGUCAACCUGACAACUGUGAAUGAUAUACACACUGUUUACUAAACCUUGAGUUUUAACCUGUGUCUUCUCACCAUUGCUAUCUGCCCACUGUAUUUUCAACAGUUUUUGUAAUUUCUGUUCAUUGUGUUUCCUUAUUACCCAGUGAUUCUUUUCGACAUGGCAUCUAGUUCUAUCAUCCCCGGUAAAAUUACUCUUCACUCUACAUCAAAAAUACCAUUAAGUGAACGAUUCAAAAUGGUACAGCAAACUGCUUUGAUAAAAAAGAACAUUGAACCGGUUGCGCGGCGACCAAAAGUGAACCCGGGUCCUCAGAGAUCCUCUGUGAAACCGUCAUUUCAAGGAUCCAGGAAAAACAGGCUACUAGCUGCAUCAAUGGCACAAAAACCUUCAGUUUUAGCUGCUCUCAAAAUUAAAAAGAAGAGCAUCAAACAACGUCUCGGUGCUAAACAAUCACGAACUGGAUCAACAGCUCUAGCAAAUAGAUCCUUUUCUGGUUCUCGAAAACCUAACAAGCGAAGUUUGAGUGAUCGACUUCAAAUUGCUCCAAAACCCGGAACAAAUGUUAGAAGGCCAAAGUUAAACCGAAACAACUUUGUCGGUGCCACUCAAGUUUCCCCUAAAAAUGUUCGCAGAGUCAACCGUAGACAAGGUGGUGUCAUAUCUUCAUCUGAUAACAAUUUAAAAAGAAGACCCAUGAACUCUCGAUUCAAUAGCAAUAAUAAUGUUGCUAACAAGAAGAAUCAAAAUCAACCUAAUCGAUCACAGAGACAAAGGAAUAACAAUGCUGCUGUAAGAAAAGGCCAACGAGUCAAUCAACAUAUGAAAAACCGAAAACUCGCAACCAACAACUUUAAAGGUAACCAGCGAAACCCUCAGUUAAAUCAAAGACAAUUUAAUCGCCGAAACAACCAAGUUAAACCUGGACAAGGAAUGAGAUCUCGAGGUGGAUUCAACCAAGAACAAAGAAACGUUAAUGUCAAGAAAAGAUUUCAAAAUAGAAAACCAAACAGACAGAAUCAAAGGAGAAGGAAUCCAGAUAAAAAUACACUUGACAAAGAUUUGGAUGCAUAUAUGGCCAAGACUCGAAACCAACUUGAUGCUGACUUAGAUGCCUACAUGGCUGGUACUUGUAACUAAUUUUAUUUGAUGUAUAAGAUUAACACUAUGUUCAUUUAACUGUUGUAAAUAUUUGAUUUAAACUAGUGAUGUGAUUUAAUAAAAAUAUUAUUAA